GAUUCUAAAUAAAACGUUUUUUAUUGCAAGGGCUUCUGUAUAUUUUGCGGUUGCCACGUUACGUGUCUUGCCGCCGCUGAACAUGUCCGUCCGCGCCGCCGCCGUGCUCUGCAUGGUCCUCUCGGUGAUGAGCCUGAACACAGACAUUCCGUCCGGACAACCUGAAUGUUUCUUCCUUGAGUCCCCAAAGUACAAGGAAGGGCUGUCGCUCAACUACCAAGUGCUGCGCGGGAUGGGCGACGAACUCGUGACAACGAUGAGCAGCCCGAGCGGAAUCACCCUCUUCCACAAGACUGGUCCAACUGGACGCUUCGUAAGCCCUGUCCCCGAAGACGGCAUCUACCGGGUCUGCUUUGCCCAGAACACUCUGGUCAAUAUCCGUGUUGGGUUCUCCUUUCACGCCGACGAUCCUGCCCACGACGUCCUCUCAAAUGCCGACGCCACCAAGAUCGAGCAAGCUCGAGCGGUGGAGGACAUGGUGUAUGAGCUGAAUACCCACCUGGACACGGUCAAAGACACACAGUCGUACAUGAAGGCCAAAGCCGUCUACCACCACAGCGGUAAGCGCAGUUCUCUCGUCCUUCCUCGUUGUUCACGGUGUCACAUGUCUGCGGGAGAUGGUGCUUUGUCGUCGCUGCCCAUGUUUAUUCCCUGUUCACACACGGUUGCUGCAUAGUUGUGGACAACACGAACAGCCGCAUCGUCUUGUGGUCGUGCAUCGAAGCCACGAUCCUCGUGGGCCUUUCGUUCUGGCAGAUGUCAUACCUUCGUCGAACGUUUGAAGUUCGCCGCGUCUUUUAGACGCAUCGUCGCGCCAUGCAGACGUACUCUGCGUCGAUCCCUUAUCGAGUCGUUACAAUCCAUUGUUCUCUUGUCGUGCAGUCGCCACGUCGAGUGGACACCCUCGCCCACCGAUUCUUCAUCGCACACGAAUGCAUCCCCCGAAUUCUCGAAAGAUGCAUGUCUCGUUCCCACGAGGUUCGUCUCCAUGCCGCCCGUCGACGUCUCUUCGUCCACGCCGGACGCGUCGCUUGCGGCAAACCAGCGACAGAUCAGGAACGCACCC